AUGGCUCCACAUACCAUCGAAUCUGAAUAUGAUGUCAUUUUUGCUGGAGGUGGGGCAGCGGCCUGUAUAAUUGCAGGACGUCUCACGAAGGCCGAUCCCAACCUCAAGAUCCUCGUCCUCGAGGCGGGACCGACCACUAAGGACAAAAUCGAGCACAUACAACCUGGGCGAUACAUAACUCACUUGGCUCCCGACAGCAAGACCAUGCAAUUCUAUGAGUCCAAGCCUAGUGAACACAUGGCUGGUCGGGGUCUUGUUGUUCCCUCUGCUCGAUGUGUCGGCGGUGGUGCAUCGGUCAACUUCGUACUGUACAAUCGUCCCGCUGCUUCUGACUUCGACGCCUGGGAGACUGAGUACAAUAACCCUGGUUGGGGUUCCAAGGAUUUGAUUCCGUUAUUGCAGAAGGCUGAAACAUACGAAGUUGAUCCGACCAGGAAAACUCACGGCUCGUCAGGACCGAUUAAGGUCUCUUUCGGUGGAAAUCCAUCCAUGAUGGAGAUUUGUAAGCAGUUUCUUGAAGUAGGUCCCCAAUACGAGAAGGACAGGCCUCAAUCAGAGGAGGGUAACAAUCUCGACCCUGAAUCCCUCAACUGCUUCUUUAGGAUGCCCAAGUUCGCCUCGAGCAAAGGUCGUCGGUCUGACACAGCGACCCACUACCUCUACAACCAAGAGAGCAAAAACGUUACGCUCUGUGAUGGAACCAGGGUUAAACGUGUCUUGUUUGAGGGCACAAAGGCCGUUGGCGUCGAGUAUGUUUUCGACAAGCAGGUUUACCCCAACGCAGAACAAUCAGUGCACACAGUGCUUGCCAGCCGUUUGGUAGUUCUCUCCGCAGGUGCUAUGGGUUCGUCCUUGGUCCUUGAACGAUCCGGCAUUGGUGCCGCCUCCAUAUUGGAGAAAGCCGGUAUCAAACAGCUUGUCGAUCUUCCUGGUGUAGGGAAAGACUAUGAUGAUCACCCUUUUCUCGUUACUCCGUACUUGGUGGACCCCAAAGUGACGACUUAUGAUACCCUUUUCCGAGGGGAUACAGAGACGUGGAAUAAAAAUAUGGCCCAAUGGGCCAUGGAUGGUUCUGGGUUACUCGGCGCCAAUGGAGUGGACGCAUCUGUCAAGUACCGCCCUUUUGAACAUGAACUAAACGAACUAGGGCCCGACUUCGAAGAAGUCUGGAAAAGGGACUAUGCGGAUAAACCUGAUAAGCCUUUGUUCUGGAUGAGCGCAUUAGCUGGACUUCCGACAGAUCAGUCAGCGUUGCCGCCGAUCAGCUACUUCUGCUGUGGAGUUUCUCUUGGGUAUCCCGUUUCCCGUGGACAUCUCCACAUCGCUUCUGAUGAUAUCUACGCUGCUCCUGACUUCGACUGCGGGUUCUUGUCUCACCCUGCUGACGUCGCCGUACUUCGUUGGGGUUACAAGAGAGGCCGUGAAAUCCUCCGCCGGAUGCCUGUAUACCGGGGUGUCUUUGCUCCUGCUCAUCCCCACUUCGACCCAGACAGUCCUGCAGGUAUCGCUCAUGAAAAUGGCCCUGUUCCUCUUGAUGCUCCCAAGAUAGUCUAUUCCAAGGAAGAUGAUGAUGCAAUCAACGCCAACAUCAGGAAUUUUGGUAAGUCUGCUUCGUCUAGAUGUUGUGCUGUACUCGGUACUUGUCCCAUGAAACCGAGGGAAAGAGAUGGUGUUGUCGAUGCAGACCUCAAUGUAUAUGGUGUCACAGGGCUAAAGCUCGCCGAUCUUUCGAUUGCACCCUCAAACGUCAACUGCAACACGUACUCGGCUACCCUUGCCAUCGGCGAGAAAGCAGCCCUUAUCAUUGCAAAGGAGCUCGGAAUCGAAGGAGUCUAG